AGAACAGGUCCUCUUGUUCCGGAUAGGGUGGUGGAAGUCCAGGAAUACGGAGCACACUCUGGAGGACCAAAGUUCUUUGAGCAAGGAUAGGGACCGAGUCUGACUAUGAUACAGCGGAUGGUUAUAUGAAGAGUAAAGCAGAUUCUCUAUACUCUCCUCUCCUUCAUCUUGUCCACCUUCUUCUCUCCAGUCUCACUCCGCUUGCUUGGUUAGUCUCUUUCGUUGUCCAAGGAGCAUUUCCUCCCUUCUCAUUCCUCUUCUUUGAAUAUAGCUGUGCAGCUCACACUUUUUUGACUGAAAGUUGUUUAUGAUAGAGCAGCGCUUGAAUCAACGCCGUCUUCCAGGCCACGUGGCAAAAUAUUCACUAGUCAGAGAGAGUUUGACGGAGGCUGCAUAGAAACAGAAAGCAAGUCGUUUUGCUCAGAAUGGAGCUCUCACUCCAUCCAUGUGUUCUCGCUUCGAAUAGAUGCCACUGCCACUGUAUAAAAACAGAGACCCACUGCCUCCUCCAACACCUCGCUUCCUGAUCUUCUCAAACAGCAAUGCCCAAGCUUGUGCUUAUCCUGUUCUUCCUUGUGGCCGCUGCGGCGCAGUGGAGAAUCUCCAUCGCCCAGCAGCAGUCCUGCAGCGACUGGACCCAGCUCCUGGAUUGCCAGAACGCGGCCAGCGAUCCAAGCGCCACCCCGUCUGGCGAGUGCUGCAAUAGAAUCCGGCAGUACCAAAACGCACCGGACUGCCUGUGCACCAUGCUCCUCGCGGCACGCAACGCAGCGCAGUCCACCGGGUUGCCGUUCAAUCUCCAGGCCGCGCUCUCCAUCCCGGCCAAGUGCCACGUCCAAGUUCCAUCCGGCUACUCGUGCGCUGGAAUUCCCAUUCCAUCUAGCUAGAAGAACAGAAAAAAAAAAAGACAGUUAGCUAAGCAUAGCUAGAGAGAAAUCUAG